AUGAAAUUUUUAAGUCUACAACUAAUAAUAUUCAUUUCAACCCUAAUACUGGUCAAUUCUUAUCAAUUAUAUUGUAAAUGUCAAUGUAAUGGAGCUAAAGCUAUAAUAACAAAAGUAGAUAAAUGUGGUGAAUGUACAAAAGAAUAUUGUUUAUCAGAACAACCAAAAUUAUGUGAAAUUGAAAAUAAUAUGAAUGAUGAAAAUAAAGAAGAAGAAGACGCAGGUGAUGACAAUAGUUCAGGUAAGAUUACUAAACCUAAGGAAACUAGUGAAGAUAUCAUAAUAAGUUGUUAUCAAGUUGAAUCAUUAAAAGAUGGUAUUAUUGUAUAUUCAUUUUUUGGAAUAAUUUUAGCAUUAAUGAUUAGAUUGUUUUAUAGUUCAUUUAGAGGUUAA